AGGCAAAGUCCAGGGCUUUGCAGCCUCUUGUAGCUGCCAACAGAGAAGGGCAAAUUCGAAGGCAACCAGCACAGAGGUUUCAUAGCACCUGGGCUGAGAGCUGGGAGAGACUGUGGCCUUUGGGCAGUCCCUGCAGAGCUUGCAAGAGAGCCAGAAGCCAGCUGAGAGCGGAGCAGGGAGGGUAGCGCUGCCUCCUCGCCGUCCCCGUGCUGAUCCCCCUGUCCGGGCCAAGAUUUUGCUCAGACCCGCUCUCCAGCACUGACCCCAGGCAGAGACCCGGUGGUGGAGGACAGCAUGGUGAAGAGGGUGGCCAUCAUCGGCGGGGGCAGCAGCGGGCUGUGCGCCAUCAAAGCCUGCCUGGACGAGGGGAUGGAGCCCGUCUGCUUCGAGAGGACCGGGGACAUCGGAGGGCUCUGGAGGUUUGAGGAGCAUCCCGAGGAGGGCCGCGCCAGCAUCUACCGCUCCCUCAUCAUCAACGCCUCCAAGGAGAUGAUGUGCUUCAGCGACUUCCCCAUCCCCGAGAACUUCCCCAACUACAUGCACAACUCCAAGGUCAUGGAGUACUUCCGCAUGUACGCCCGGCGCUUCGACCUGCUCCGCCACGUCCGCUUCAGGACCAGCGUGUGCCGCGUGUCCAAGCGCCCCGACUUCGCUGCCACGGGCCAGUGGGAGGUGGUGACGGAGAGCGAGGGGAAGCAGGAGGCGGCCGUCUUCGACGCCGUGCUGGUGUGCACCGGGCACCACACCGAGGCACACCUCCCGCUGAGCAUCUUCCCAGGAAUCAAGAAUUUCAAGGGCCGCUACCUCCACAGCCGAGACUACAAGGAUGCUCAGGAUUUCACAGACAAGAGGGUCAUCGUCAUCGGGGUUGGGAAUUCAGGGUUGGACCUGUCUGUGGAGAUCAGCCGAACAGCCAAGCAGGUCUUUCUCAGCACCCGCCGGGGCGCGUGGGUCCUCAACCGCGUUGGAGAUCAGGGCUACCCCAUCGACGUCGUCUUCACCACCCGCAUGAAUAUAUUCCUGAAAGAGCUGCUGAGCUCAUCUGUGAUGAGCAUCUUCAUUGAGAAGCAGCUGAACGCCAGGUUCAACCACUCGCUCUACGGCCUGAAGCCAAAGCACAGGGUAUUGGACCAGCACCCAACCGUCAACGACGACCUGCCCAACUGCAUCAUUUCGGGCAGGGUGCUGGUGAAGCCAAACAUCCGGGAGUUCAAAGAGACAUCUGUCAUCUUUGAGGAUGGCACCAAGGAAGACAUUGAUGCCGUGGUCUUCGCCACAGGAUACAUCUUCUCCUUCCCCUUCCUCGAAGGCUACGUGAAGGUGGUCGAGAACCAGAUCUCUCUUUACAAAUUCAUGUUCCCCACUGACCUGGAGAAGCCAACGCUGGCUUUCAUCGGCCUCAUCCAGCCCCUGGGUGCCAUCAUGCCCAUCUCUGAGCUCCAGUGUCGCUGGGCCACCCGCGUCUUCAAGGGGCUGCACAAGCUGCCCCCACAGCACGACAUGGAGGCUGACAUCAAGAAGAAGAAAGAAGCGAUGGCAAAGCGGUACGUGAAGAGCCAGCGGCACACCAUCCAGGUGGAUUACAUCCCCUACAUGGACGAGCUCGCCUGCCAGGUGGGGGUCAAGCCCAACCUGCUCGCCCUCUUCCUCACCGACCCCAAGCUGGCGCUGGAGGUGGCCUUCGGGCCCUGCACGCCGUACCAGUACCGCCUGCGGGGCCCGGGCGAGUGGGUGGGUGCCAGGGAAGCCAUCCUCACCCAGCGGCAGCGUAUCAUCAAGCCCCUGCAGACGCGGCACAUGGAGAAGGAAGCAUCGGCCCUUGCCAUGCCCCUCGUCUUCAAGCUAGUUGGGGCCGUGGCCGUCCUCGCUGUCAUUUUUGCUUACUUGUAGGUGCCCUACAAGUGCAGGAAGGGAGGUUUUGUGAUGUGCUGGGGGGGGGCGCUGCCCGGUCCCCCCCUGCCCUGCGGCAGCCUGUCCGUCCCAGUGCUGGCAGGAGCCCUCCUCCUGCCUGGCACGGCCCCACCGCGGCCGCACCGCGAGCUCAGGGUGCACGGAGCCUCCCUGGCUGCUGAAAUAACGCCUCUGCGCCCGCUCUGCACCUCCCCCUGGAGAGCCGCUGCUGGGGACGGACAAGGAAACCUGCUCACACACAGGAUAAAAUCCAGUCCCUCUUUGAGCAGCGCUUUUGACCCAGCGGGGACUUAUCAGCUUCUCUGUUGCCGAUAACCCAUCUAAGCCACCACUGGCACACUCACGUGAGAGCCAAGUAGCAAAAGCACAGCAGACUUCCUAACUGGAUAAAAGUGUGUUAAACAGA